GACUGGCUCGAUGUGAGCUCGAUAUGAGCUCGAUAUGAGUUCGAUGUGAGCUCGAUGGAGCUCGACAUCAGCAUUUUAUGAUGGUUUUUGCUAAUUUUUUUAUCGUACUCUCUUUUGCAGCAUAUUGAUGCGGCAGAACACAUGCUUCGUAUGCGUCGCAAGUAUUUUCCCAAUAUAUAUCGACAGAAUGCAGUUGUGAUGAACAGUUAUUUGUCACAAGUGAUACCUGCCCGAUAUGAUCAGUUCAAGAAAACAGCCGACAAAACAAAGUAUUAUUGGGAUGCUGACAUUAUGUCCAUGUUGACCGGCAUCGAGCAGCAGUUUCUGGCAUCUUCGGGAGGAGUUGAGGAUGUAUAUUGGUGCCAGAACUAUGGACAACAACAUUGGUUUGCCAUUGAGGCUUCCAUUUCUAGUUGGACUCUGACUGUUUACGAUUCAGACAACUCGGUGAUUAGUGACGCAAAGCUUGAGGAUAUUAUGAGUCCAUGGUGCUUUAUGCUACCUUCUCUGUUAAUGCAGAGUAAACUGUUUACUGAUAGCUUGAUGUUGAAGAUUCCAUCAGCAGGAAAUAGGCCGCAUCAAUUCACAUUGCGUCGCAAACAGAAACACGAGCUCCCUCAGUCAAAGAGAAGUGGGGAUUGUGGUGUGUAUGCUAUCAAGUAUAUUGAGCAUCUAAUGGUCGGUCUUCCAUUGGAAGCUAUCUGCGAUGAAAAUAUGGAGGUGUUCAGGAACAAGUGGACCACAGACUUGUGGUAUCAAAAUUUGUUACCUUGAUGAUUGUAUAUAUACAGGGUCUUUACAUGUACAGUUUGUUGUUCACAUUUUUUUAUAACUUUCAUGGGCUGUUAUCGAGCUAAUAUCAAGCUAUAUCGAACUGUUAUUGAAUUAUCAAAAUUUGUUACCUUCAUAAAAAGAGUUUAUUAAUACAACAAGUUCAAAUGGGAAAAAAGAGUUUAAAGCCUA